AUGAGCUUUGUGCAUGUGAUGACGAUCACAUUCGUCCUCAACACUAAUGGCAGCGACCAUGCUGCUGCAAUCGCAGGCUCAUCAGCAGAUACGUCGGAACUUGAAGAGCCAAGCUUGUCCGCUGGGUAUCGUCAAGACGGCAAUGAUGGGCUCACGUCAGUACCACCAAUUGUACCAAGGACUCAGACAUGCCAUGACGCGCCGAGCUUCCUCCCUCAUUUGCAGGGCAUUGACAAUGACAACUUCUCAUCAAGUCUACCUUCCCACGAUGAUCCGAGGCUGAUCACCUGGUAUCAACACAAGUGGUAUCGACGAAAUGAUGAUACUGCACCAGUACCAAGCGGACCACCAAGCCAAACGUUUCAAGAGGGCCAAAGAUCGUUCCACCGGGGUGGUGUAGAGCCCAAUGAUGAUUCCAUGACAGAUACACCAGCAAUUCCGACGUCCCAGGACGAGUCGAGCUCAGUCGCCGAGAGCCCUGAAAGCAGUGACGAUGUUCCCAGGCGAAGGUGGCUGACACAACGACACAAGUACUCAGAGGAGCGGGGAUUCUAUAUCUGGUAUCAUCGGAUCGACUUGGGUCUGACGUGGGAUGAGGUUGUGGCGGCAUAUCGACGGCACUGGAGAGAUCAUCGAAGGAAAGGUGGCCUGCAGUGCAAGUUCUAUCGGCUUCUCGAACAGUAUGGAGUGAAACCUGUGCGAACCCACAGCAAACCUGGUCAGCCAUGCUCUGAGGAACAAAGAAUGAGGUACGGGGUGUUGAGUAAAACCGACCGUCGGUUCUUAUGGAUGAAGCAUGAGCACUUGUUCGACACCGCCGCUGCUGGGGAACGCCUGCCACUGCCACGUUUGGCACCUCGGCCACCACAGCCCGGACGGGGUCGUAGCAGACCUCGUUCAAGUUCAGCUCCUCCAGGAGCUCCAGGAUCGCCAACGUCGUCAGCAUCUUCAGCAUCCUCAGCGUCGUCGGCAUCUCCAAGACUUUCCACCUCUUCACAACCAUCAGCUUCACCAACAUCUUCCUCUUGCGAGCUCAGCAAUAUCUUGAAUUGA